GUCACUGGGUCACAGUGGCAGCAGCUGCCGCUGGGUACGCUGCGGCUCCAUGUAGCCCCGCUGCCUGUCUGCAGACCGAACACUCGACUGCCGAGCGGACGUAGACUAGUUCGCCAGUCAGGUGCUAAGUCGGCUAACUUGCCAGGCAGAGGUGGUUGUACCUCACACGUGUGGGCCGCCGUGACAGUGGUCGCAACGCAAGACGCCAGCCUUGAUUUAAACGAAGCAGCAGGUCGCCGCUCGGGGUGUGCUUAAUGAGCUAACUUGUGGGUGUUGCUAACGCGGAAGGCGUCCACAGGGUAGUCAAUGUGAGCUCGACGGACACUGCAGUCUGCUCACGGUGAAAGGCGCUUCUUCUUCCGGGAGUCGAGGAUGUCUAAGCGCCUGCGAAACACCGAGGUCUGCGCCGAUUGUAGUGUCCCAGAACCUCGCUGGGCCUCUGUGAACAGGGGUGUGUUGAUUUGUGACGAGUGCUGCAGUGUUCAUCGAAGUUUGGGAAGACACAGCUCCCAAGUCCGCCACCUGACACACACGCCAUGGCCUCCUACACAGCUACAGAUGGUUCAGACGUUAUUCAGCAACGGUGCAAAUUCAAUAUGGGAGCACUCCCUUCUGGACCCUGCAUCUGUGAUGAGUGGGAAACGCAAAGCCAACCCUCAGGACAAACUGCACCCAAACAAGUCAGAGUUUAUAAGAGCCAAAUAUCAAAUGCUGGCAUUUGUCCAUCGCAUGCCUUGCCGGGAGGAUGACAGCUCCACAGCCAAGGAUUUAAGUAAGCAACUUCACUCCAGUGUACGCACUGGGAAUCUGGAGACUUGUUUGAGGUUGCUAUCUCUCGGAGCACAAGCUAAUUUUUUUCACCCUGAAAAAGGAAACACUCCCUUGCAUGUAGCUGCAAAGGCAGGGCAAGUAUCUCAGGCGGAACUAUUAACCGUUUACGGGGCAGAUCCUGGAGCCCCCGACAGCAACGGCAAAACUCCCAUUGACUAUGCAAGGGAAGCCGGCCAGCAUGACCUGGCAGAUAGACUGGUGGAGAUUCAGUAUGAACUCACUGAUCGACUGGCGUUCUACUUGUGUGGGAGGAAACCAGAUCAUAAAAACGGCCAGCACUUCAUUGUUCCACAAAUGGCCGACAGGAACAUCAGUCUAGAUUUAUCAGAACUGGCCAAAGCAGCGAAGAAGAAACUACAGUCUCUCAGUCACCAUUUAUUUGAGGAACUGGCCAUGGACGUGUAUGACGAGGUGGACAGACGAGAGAGCGAUGCAGUGUGGUUGGCCACACAGAAUCACAGCACCCUGGUGACGGAAACAACAGUGGUGCCUUUCCUUCCCGUCAAUCCAGAGUAUUCUUCAACACGAAACCAGGGGCGACAGAAGCUUGCAAGAUUUAACGCACAUGAAUUUGCGACGCUUGUGAUCGACAUACUAAGCGAUGCCAAGCGCAGACAACAAGGGAAUUCAGUAGCCAGUCCCAAAGACAACGUGGAACUCAUCCUGAAGAGUGUGGCUGUCAGGCAUUGUAGUGAUAACCAGGACAAUGACCAGCCUGACUACGAUAGUGUAGCCUCUGAUGAGGAUACAGAUCAAGAGCUCCCCUCGAGCAAAGGAGAUAGGACCAAGAGUCUGGACUCUGACCUCUCCGACAGCCCUAUUACCAUGCAAGAAUACCUGGACGUGAAAAAUGCGCUCUCUGUCUCUGAGGCCAAGAUUCAGCAGCUCAUGAAAGCCAACAACAACCUGAGUGAUGAGCUGAGGCUGAUGCAGAAAAAGCUGCAAUCUCUGCAAAGCGAGAACACCUCUCUCAGGCGGCAGGUCCCAACCAAUGUCUAUCAGAUCCCCAGCGGUUCAGACUACCCAGACCCUUCCAGUCCCUCGGCCCUGAAACGCCGGCAGUCCGCUCUGGCCAGUCGGCCCAUGUCAAUGUAUGAGACCGGCUCGGGCCUGAAGCCCUAUCUCCCUAAAGGGGAACCUUCCUACCCUGAGGAGGGUAUCCCCACCCUGCAACCCUUCCCACCUCAUACAGAAAGGGGCGCUUUUGUGACCACCUCUUCAUCCCUCCCCUCAUUUCCAUCAACCCUGUCCUGGUCGAAGGACGAAAGUGCUCAAAAGGCCUCAAAGUUGGAUAAGCAAAGCAGCAUGCCGGAAAGUGACUAUGAAAACACAUUUUAUGACUCCGAGUUGGAGGAUUCAGGUUUGUGCAGGAGGGGGCGGCUGAGGAGCAGUGGCUGGCUGGGGGAGGGCAACUCUAUCCCUGAGCUGGACAAUCUGGAGACGGAGUCAGACCCAACGCUUCCCAGCACAGAGGACGUCAUCCGCAAGACCGAGCAGAUCACCAAGAAUAUCCAAGAACUGCUGCGAGCCGCUCAGGACAACAAACAUGACAGACCCUGUGAGCGUGAAGGUGUGCGUCGGCUCAGGCACAGUCUGGGAUGCUUCAGCACUCUGGUGCCCUGGGCUGAGAAGGCCCCGCCUCCCCUUCAGCCACUCAGCCUCCGGUCCCCUGACCCCACCUCCUGCUUCAUGCCCUGCUCAGAAAGAAUACAUGUGGCUGUAACAGAAAUGGCUGCCCUCUUUCCCAAGAGGCCACGCUCGGAGACCAUGAGAGGCUCCCUGCGCUUGUUGACCUCCAGCGCAUACCGACUUCAGAGCGAGUGCAGGAAGGCGGCGCCUUCGGAGGGAUGCCCAGGACCGGACAUGCAGCUGGUGACUCAGCAGGUCAUCCAAUGUGCUUAUGAUAUUGCCAAGGCCGCCAAGCAGCUCGUCACCAUCACCACAAAGGAGAACACCAACUAACAGCACUUACAGGGCUGCAAAGCCGUUAGCAUCUCAGUUUUGUUCUUAUAUUUUUUAAAUCAUUUUGUUGAAUUUUUUUUGUAUUUGUGGUAUAUGCAUGCAUUUGUUUUUAUAACUUAUGAAUAAGUAUUGACAUUAUUUAAAGUCAACUGUGGACAAAUUCCACGUGUCAAGGGAAAACGUCAGCAGCUUAGUUUCACUGAUGUCCAGCUGUUGUUGUAGCACAAUUUCUCUUGAGGUAACGACAACGUGCAGCCGAACAGGGAAAAUAUAACGGCUUCUGGAUUUCUCUUUUAAAAAUGUGGGUAAAAUCUUACUUACAAAUACCCCUUUAAAGCAGUCCAUAAUGUCUUUCAUUGGGUAAAGGAUUUAAGCACAGUACAGUAAACCUAUAUGACGUUAAAGGUAUAUGUUAUCAGUCCAAAGCCUGGCACAGAUGCUAAAAAGCCAUUCAUUGAUCUAUUGUCAUCGCAUGCUAUUGUAAACAGUCUUGUAGCUAAAGGUGCUUCCUGUCAUUAAUUACACUGUGCAAGCAUCAUCAUCAUACUGAAAAGCUUCAUCAUCAAACAAACAAACAAACAAACAGACCAUUUAGGUGUGUGCCAUUAGGUAUUCGGAACUUCAUUCAUGCACACGUAGCUUUGCCCUGCUGAUGUUUGUUGCAACUAAAAAGCUGUCUAUGUGGUUUGUCGCCUGGCCCAGUGUAAUCCAGCCUGCAGUGCACUUACUGCAGCCAUUUUUGUAUGUUGAUUUGCCAUGUCACUGAAUGCGAACUUGUUCAGGGGGCAAGUGAUGUUUCAACAGCACCAAAAUGUUGUAAUGAUUUGGUGUGUUCCUAACAUGCUGUAAACUGCCCUGCAACCUGGGGUCUCGUGUGCCAUUGCAGUGUUGGUGAUGUUACGAAAUAUUUAGAGCGAAGAGCCAAUACUGUACGUACAUCCAUGUGUUUUUGAGCUCUGUUCCGUUGCUGCUAGUUUUGUAUUCAAUGUGCAACAUGUGGGAUUAGAGCUGUAGACAUCUGUAUUCUUGUGCUUCCCCAACGUUCAUCCUCACCAAGUGUUUCAGAGUUCGUGGUCAUUUUGAAAUCUGAUCAAGGUAAUGUGACUGAAUGCAGCUCUUAAGUUGCACUUUGGUAAAAUAAUUAUUUUCUAAAUAAACUUAAUUUAUAACUACA